AUGGAGGAACUGGCGGUGGAGGUCCGUGGCUCCAACGGGGCUUACUACAAGGGCUUUGUCCGAGAUGUCCACGAUGACUCCCUCACCAUUGCCUUUGAGAACAACUGGCAGCCAGAACGCCAGGUACCCUUCAGUGAUGUCAGGAUGCCACCUCCACCUGAUGGCAAGAAGGAGAUCAAAGAGGGGGAGGAGGUAGAGAUCUUCUCUCGGGCCAAUGACCAGGAGCCUUGUGGUUGGUGGCUGGCUAAAGUCCGCAUGAUGAAGGGAGAUUUCUAUGUGAUUGAAUACGCAGCCUGUGACGCCACCUACAAUGAGAUCGUGACCUUUGAGCGACUGCGUCCAGUCAACACCAACAAGCCCGCCACCAAGAACUCCUUCUACAAGUGCACUGUCCCUGUCCCUCAGGAUCUACAAGAGGCGUGCCAGAAUGAUCUUGCCCACAAAGACUUCAAGAAGGCCGUGGGAGCGUGUCACAUCUCUUACUGCCCUGAGACUAGUCAGCUAGUCAUUAUGUCUACCAAUGAAGCAACAGUAAAGCGCGUCUCCUUGCUGAGUGACAUGCACCUGCGAAGCAUCAGGACCAAGUUGAUGCUGAUGUCACGCAACCAGGAAGCCACAAAACACCUUGAGAGCUCCAAGCAGCUGGCGUCAUCCUUUCAGGAAGAGUUUACUGUGCGACCCGACCUGAUGGGGCUGGCCAUUGGUAGCCAUGGCAGCAACAUCCAGCAGGCACGGAAAGUUUCAGGUGUCACCGCAAUUGAGCUGGAUGAGGAGACAGGCACCUUCAGGAUUUAUGGGGAGACUGAAGAGGCAGUGAAGAAGGCCAGGAGCUUUCUGGAGUUUCUUGAAGACUCUGUUCAGGUGCCUAGGCAUCUGGUUGGUAAGGUGAUUGGUAAAAAUGGCAAGGUGAUCCAGGAAAUAGUGGACAAGUCUGGCGUGGUAAGAGUCAGGAUAGAAGGAGAUAAUGACUCCAAGCAGCCACGACAAGAAUUGACACAGGGAAUGGUCCCUUUCACCUUUGUGGGCACCAAGGAGAGCAUCGGCAACGUGCAGGUCUUACUGGAGUAUCACAUCUCUUACCUAAAUGAGGUUGAGCAGCUGCGUUUGGAAAGGCUGCAAAUUGAUGAGCAGUUGAGGCAGAUUACUCAGGGCCACCGACCCACCGACAGAGAGAGGGAGAGAGGAGAGAGAGGGGACAGGGCAGAGAGGGGCGGAGGCUUCAACCCAGAUGGCAGUGCCCCCGCUUCCUCCACCUCCCUGCACACCAGUCGUUCCUACACUGGCCGGGGUCGCGGGCGCAGAGGGCACAACCACAACUCUGGAUAUGGCACCAACUCUGAGCAGUCCAAUGCCUCAGAGACAGACUCAGAGCGCAGAGAUGAGCUGAGUGACUGGUCCCUGGCUGGAGAGGACCAGGACAGAGAGAGGGGCUCACGGCCCCAAAGAGACAGUCAUAGGAGGCCCGGGGCCAGCAGGGGCCGAGGUGGGAGGGGAAGAGGAGGAAGAGGAGGCUACAACAACAGUUCUGCUGGCUCUCGGGACUAUGAGGGUAACCAUGGUUACGGAGCCUUGGAGACAAACACAGAGACAGACCAGACAGCUGAUACAGAUGCAAGCGAGUCCAACAUGCCUGCCAACCGCCGCCGCCGUUCCCGCCGACGCAGGACUGAUGAAGACACCACUCUCAUAGAUGGCAUGAGCGAGUCGGACAAUGCCUCUGUGAGCGAGAAUGGAAUAGAUGACCCAGAGGCUAAACCUCAGCGCCGUAAUCGUAGUCGCCGCCGCCGCAGCCGCCUGCCUGAAGAGAGGCAGCCAGUGACCGUGGCUGACUACAUAUCCAGGGCUGAGUCUCAGAGUCGACAGAAGACUGCCAAGGAACCCAAGAAGAACAAAAAGGACAUGGGUCAUGUCGAUGCCAUUGCUGAGCACAGCCUGCAGUCUGACCCAGCAACCGUAAACGGCCCCAGCAACGAGGCUGCUGGCGGCAACGGCAGCAAUGAGGCUGCUGGCGGCAACGGCAGCAAUGAGGCUGCUGGCGGCAACGGCAGCAACGAGGCUGCUGGCGGCAACGGCAGCAACGAGGCUGCUGGCGGCAACGGCAGCAACGAGGCUGCUGGCGGCAACGGCAGCAACGAGGCUGCUGGCGGCAACGGCAGCAACGAGGCUGCUGGCGGCGACGGCAGCAACGACAGCGAUCCCAAGUCUUCCACAGAGGUGCCCGCCAAAGUCCCCCCGCAGGAGGAUUCAAAUCCACAAGCUGUUGUCAAUGGACUUUCCUAAUUGGAUCUGGUCAAAAAAAAAGAAAGGAAAAAAAAACGGUUUCAAAUAUUUGAACUACUAUGGGUGCGCUUUAUUAGAACUCCCAAUCUCUUUAAAGGCCUCAGAAGUGGAACUUUACAUUAAAAUACACCAAGCACUGUUUUUGUUUGUUUUCAAAUAUUUGAAACCUUUAUAAUUACAGAUUUUGCUUAGGUCUGCACCUAACCCCCACCAACCUCUGACUGGCUUUUUCCAACUUUAUUCGUUUUAAUACUGUUUUUACAUUAGUUCUUGUAUGAGCUUGCCAAAGAUAGUCAAACAAACACAGAGUUGCAGAUAUCUCUACUUACUGCACUUUUCAGUCCCUCUUCACGGAGCAGUCAGGGAGGGGUUGGACUGAGAACUUCUAAAAUGCAGACAGGGAUUCCAAUCUAACGCAUACGGUGGUAUUACUGCAGUCGGUAUUUUUCAUACACUAAAGGAAUAUCGUACCUGGGCUUUAGAAAUGAAUGCUUCCACUUUUUUCCAGAAUAAGAUGAGAUUUUGUUAGGGCAUCAAACGUUCUUUGUAAAUGCAAUCUUUAUGGACAGUACCACAGAGUAGCAAGGUUAGCUGGAAUCCCAGUCAGAGUAUGUUUAACAUACAUGUGAUCAGCUGUUGUGCCUUGAGAGUAGAUUCAACAUGUCGUUGCCUGGCUCACACCGUCUGAAAUCCUUUCACUUCUUUGUUACUUGGAUUGGCCUUGCCUGCCGCAGCUGAGUGAGCUUAAGAGGCCCCCUUGUCAGGCCCGCCCUCCUUAUUGGGCAAAGCAAGCAGACUCGAGCAAGUGCUACAAGAAACUGAAAGAAUUCCAGUGGCAUAUCUUUCAAAAAUCAGGUUUGUCAGUUCUCGUUAUUCAUGGGGAAAGUUGAGUCCAGUUAUCCCGUAUCUAUCUGUUGAGGAGUGUUUCGUUAGCUGCUUUUCCAUUGACUUGUUUUUCAGUUUGCAACCACUUAUGUCAUAGGAUGAUAUUACAGUGUGUUUGGAAAAGAAACAAUACAAGAUCACUUUUCUUUGCACUGAAUUGUAACUUUUUUCUGUUAUAUUCAUUAUAGUUAAUUCUGGAAAAUGGCCUGUUGCUGUACAGAGAUGUAGCCGUCAGUGCUGGGUUUCCUGAAAUCAUUUUAAUGCUAAGCAGUGGGCAGUUCAGGUCGUCAGGUUUAACAAGGAGGACAAUGUGGAUGCUAAGGGCUGUUUCUUCCUCAUUUAUCCAUGAAGUCCAUUCUUAUUAAGGAGGCAUGUAUGUUAAUUAACACGGGAGUACCACGUUUCCCUUUCCUCCUUUACGUACUUUCGAAAUAAUCUUUGUUCAACUGAAAGCCAAAACUGUCAUCCCUAGUGUUAAGAUGUUACAGGGAAGCUGAGCCCAAGUCACAAUGAUGUCAUUUUAAUGGUUCUUCCACAGACUGGCUGGCUGGAGACGGUCACGACUGUUUAACUAAGGAAGGAGAUUUAUUUGGUUUAUUUAUUUUUAAAAAAAUGUACAGUAUUUAAAAAAAAUAAACAAAAGAGGCUGUCUUCUUCUUGACACUAAAAACUGGUGUUAGUAAGGUUCUUUAUGAGGCAGGUGACAAUUUGGACUACUGAGUUUUGACUCCCUAAGUGUUUUUGUUGGGUCAUAUAUAGUAUGUUUUUUUAAAGGAUCAUUCUGGUUGGUUGAUGUGCAAUAUGUUUUGUAUGCAGGUAGUUCUUAAAUAAACAUGAUCUUCCAUCUAGAUCUAAAAUCAA